AUGUCUGAGUGGUUCCCUAGAAUCUUACAGUUUCCACCUGAGACUGAUGGCUGGGACUCGGAUUUCAUUAUGACGAACUUGGAUGGUAGAGACCCUCCAUUGCCUAUGGAAGAGAUACCGGUGUCAGAUAGUUGGAAGCAACAUGUUGUCGAGCCGACAAAGCGAUUCGAGCGCAUGUCAUGGAUGGUUCUCAGCUGCGCACUAGCACUCGCACACGAAUUGGGUGUGUUUGACAGCAAUUCUCACAUUCCAUUGCCCAAUGACCUGGUCGGUGCUGAUGCUGAGAACUACCUGGAGCAUCUUGAACUUCGGCGUCAACGAUUACCGAAUCUGCUUUUUGUUUUUAUCAACGCAUUAUCUUCGAGGAUCGGUUGUACUUCUCUUAUGCCAUCAGAUACAGUCUUGCCAUUGCCGGAUAUUUCACUACUACGGAGAGACAGGAAAAGUAGGGAGUGGCUUGCUUUCAUGAAAUCGUGGACUGAGUUGACCAAGCUCACUACUUCAAUCAUGAAUACACUUUUCCCUCUUAUGAACACAGCUUUGGCUAGCGGAUCAGCAGGUACCUUUCUGUCGAUUCUGGAUCAGAAGCAGACAUUACUAGCUGAUUGGCGACAACGAAACCUCGCCGUUGCAGACACUGAGCUUGGCUAUGCAAACAUCCUGUUUAUUGAGCACCAACAUCUUCGAGUCCUCAUCAAUAGUAUUGGAAUGCAACUCGUACUGAGGCGCGUUCUUUCACAGAUAAGUCUGUACGGCGGCUCCACGAUCGAUCACUUCUUUGUGGAAAAGGCCAGAGAGCUUAACAUGACCUCACGUGAGUACGGCUUCAUUGAAGACGUUAUUCAGGGCUGCUGUCAAAUUCUGGAGAGAAUCACGAGUCUUGGCGAUUCGGGUACUUUGUAUUUCUCUCCGAUGAGGAUAUUGUUUCGAACUAUUAGCGCUUCUAUAUUCUUGAUGAAGGCUCUUGCUCUUGGAGUCCGUCAGAGCAAGUUACAGGAAGCUCUAAGAAUUCUUGAUCAGGCGAUCGCUGCCUUGCAGGAGAAAAGUCAAGACGACGUCCAUCUGAAACUCCAGUAUGCCACUCUUUUGCAAUCGCAAGCUGCACGCCUUCGAGGUAGUUUGGUAUCUUCACAGCCAACAACUGGCCCUUCUCAACCGGUAUCAGAGAUGGCGAAUAGGCAUGUGCCCCCCAUUGAGAUAUCCACUGAUAUGAACCAGCCUUCUGAAGCGGAUGUUCAGACCUUUUUUGAACUUCCUACCCACGAGUCGAUGGAUUUCGAUGUCAAUGAAUGGCUAUAUCUACCUUUCGAUCCGUCAAUGGCUCCAUUUGGUGAAGCCGAAGGGGAAUUCGGAGCUCGUCUGGAUGGAGUUGACUUGGAUCUGAACUUUUUAUGGCAACUACCUCCAUAG